CCCAAAAAAGUAGCACAUUUACGGACAGACGUGAGUACAAGUGUGUUCAGGCUUUUGACUGCAAUUUUUGCGCAUCAUUCUGUGAGUGCAGAGAUCGUAUUUAAACCUCUACCAAGAGGACUUUGGUUUUGUUUGUUGGAUUUUUGAAGCAAACUUUAGAAAUUGCUGUAUGAAGAUCAGAAUUUGAGCACAUAUUUGUUUGGUCAUGCAGAUUUCGUUUUGUUUAUUUUGAUUGAGUUUUACGCACGGGCUUCUUUUACGCACCGUAUUUUAGAGAAACCGAAAAGUUAGUAGCGAUGUUACUGGACGCGGGUCACCUGGGUCCAUUCGCCCGGCAUCACCACGCGGGUGAGUCACACGACAGGGACGCGAGUUUUGCAGAAGCAGCGCAUGUGGGUGCCUUUAAGCUGAGUCAUGGUGAGCUGUCUCCGGGUCAGGGAGCGGCCUUUGGACCACAGGCUUCAGGCUACGCGGCUCUAGGCGCCUCAUACGGAGGCUCCGCGUUCGGCUCGGCCCGAGACUUUCUGUUGCGCGGACGCGGAUUUGCAGAUCCAGAGCGCGGCCUCUUCAGCCCGGCGACCGGAGCGCUUCAUCCUUCCCAUGCGGACGCACAGAGUCAUCUGCUUUUCCCCGGCUUUCACGAUCAGCAUAGCUCAACUAACAACGCGCUGUUUGCACGACCGGACCAGUACCACCACCAGGUAUCCAACACGCGGCCUGACCCGUACGGCCAGUACGGCUUGAACGUAGCAGCUGCGCAUCACCAUCACCCGGCAGCCUUUUUCCGCUACGUGCGGCAGCAGUGCGUCAAGCAGGAGCUCGUGUGCAAAUGGCUCGAACCGGAUCGCGAGAAGCGCCGCUGCGGCAGAACCUUCGGCACCAUGCACGAGCUGGUGGCGCACGUCUCCGCGGAGCACGUCGGGGGACCCGAGCAAUGCAACCACGUGUGCUUUUGGGAAGAAUGUCCUCGAGAGGGAAAGGCAUUCAAAGCCAAAUACAAACUGGUGAACCACAUCCGCGUGCACACAGGGGAGAAGCCCUUUGCGUGUCCGUUCCCGGGAUGCGGCAAAGUGUUUGCGCGCUCCGAGAAUCUGAAAAUACAUAAAAGAACGCAUACAGGGGAGAAGCCGUUUCUUUGCGAGUUUGAGGGAUGUGACAGACGCUUUGCCAACAGCAGCGACAGGAAGAAACACAUGCAUGUGCACACAUCCGACAAGCCAUACUUGUGCAAACUGUGCGACAAGUCGUACACUCAUCCCAGCUCGCUGAGAAAACACAUGAAGGUUCACGACGAGCAGAGUCCAGUUGACGAGUCUUCGCCCAUUGGAAGCUCCGGUUACGAGUCAUCCAGUUUGGUGUCGCCGUGUUCAGAGACUCAGAGCACCACUAUGUCUCCAGACUCCGCCGUAAUGAACAACAGCAGUCACAGCAGCAUAGCGUCUAACUUCAGCGAGUGGUACGUUUAGGAAAUGUGAACUUCACACAGAUUGUGUCCAAAAACUAAAUGAUCUAAAACUAAAUGAUGGAGCGGUUUGGGACACAACGGGACUUCAAUCAUCAGCAAUGUAGACAAUCCUCUAAAAUAUACUAAUAUUGCUUCUUAAAUAAACGCAUACAGUGAUAUGUUAUGGACAAUUACAGGAUCCAUUGCUUACUCACACUUUAAUGUUUUAAUGCGUCCUGUGUUGAUUAACCCCCCAAAUCCUCCACUCAAUGAAAUUGUCCAACUAUUAAUUUCUGUUGAUUUAAAAUGUUCCCUGUAAAAACUCCGAC